UAGUAAUACACAUAACAGUAGUAAUAAGGUGGUCUGUAUAUUGACAUAUUACACAGAAGUUUAUUUCUUUAAAUAGAUGUAAUGGCGAAAAUAAAACCACGGAUUUAAUAGUUUUUGGACAUUUAAAUGGACGCACCGUCCAUUAUAACUCAAGUUUCGCGCGAUGAUGAGCAACUCAACACAUUUCCUACGACGGAAAAAGGGUCGUCGACGUUGAACAAUAAAAAGAGGAAUCGUGGGAUUCUUAGCUCAUUUCUGUGUUGCUUUGGCAACAAGAACAAUAACUCUUCAAGUGCCUAUCAAGCCCCGAAUGCUGAAGUAAAUGGCAAUCCGCGGGAUAUCUCAUAUAGUCCCAAUGAGAAAUAUUUACUACCAGCAGUAAGACCGCAGGACUCCAACAAGAAAUGUGUUGUUAUAGAUUUAGAUGAAACCCUUGUACAUAGUUCAUUUAAGCCAAUUAGUAAUGCAGAUUUUAUUGUACCGGUAGAGAUAGAUGGAACUGUUCAUCAGGUUUAUGUACUAAAAAGGCCAUUUGUAGACGAAUUCCUUAAAAAAAUGGGAGAGUUGUUUGAAUGUGUGCUCUUUACUGCUAGUCUUGCGAAGUAUGCUGACCCAGUGGCGGACCUGUUGGACAAGUGGGGAGUUUUUAGGGCGCGUUUAUUCAGGGAAUCAUGUGUCUUUCAUAGGGGUAACUAUGUCAAAGACUUAAGUCGACUUGGACGUGAUCUAAGUCAGGUGAUAAUUAUAGAUAACUCGCCAGCUUCCUAUAUCUUCCAUCCUGAUAAUGCAGUACCUUGCCAGUCUUGGUUUGAUGAUAUGCAAGAUACUGAAUUACUAGACCUUAUACCAUUUUUCGAAGGACUUGCUAAAGUCGAUGACGUGUAUUCAGUGUUACGAAAUACGAACAAUACGGAUUCUUCCUAGUAUUCGCUCCAUGUAUAUUAUAUAUUGUGUAGUGUACGGGUGUAUGAAGUCAGUUUUAUAUUUGAGCAAAUAUUUCACUGGAUGCCAGGACUUCAUCGAUGAAAUAUCCCUCGGGGGAAAAUUUUUGCAGAAGAAAAAAAUAUUUACGACUUUUAAAAAGAUUUUAUUUAUGGAGUUAAAUCUGUGGUCGGACAUUAUUGAAAUAAUGCAAACAAUUAUAGCAUUUUGUUAUUUCUUGGCCGAGUUAUUUUUGGUUUCUAUAAAUAGCUUGGAAGAAGUGACGUGUUUUUGUAAAUGUUAAUCAAGAAUAACUAUAGUCAUAGACUAAUAGAGGUGAAGUUAUAUCAAACCGUAUAAAUGAAAUAAUAGGAUGAAAAUAGGAAAAUUGCAGUAAUAGUUUACUCCGGGAUAAAGAAUCCGUAUGGAGAUAUUAAUAAUGAAGCCUUAUGUAUAAAGAAGCCCCGUUACAAGUGAUCACUGAUAACAAUAACAUGACAUUCAACUAUGAAUCAAUUUAUGUCGAAAACAUUGUAGGUAUAUGAAAAUAUGUAUAAAGAAAACAGAAGUGACGUCUGCCAAAUAGUUAAAAAGGCUGAAUUGCAUUUGUGUGAGUGUGUAAGUUCUAUGUAAAAAAAAAUAUUGGUUUGCAUAUGUUAAGCUCCUCAAGGAGAAAAACACGGACUAUUGUUAGAGAAUACAUUCUCAAAUGUUGCUUAACAGAAAUAGCCUAAAUUAUUACUGUGUUAUCUUUCGCCAGUUUUUGAAUAAAGUGACUCUGAUUGAGUUCAUUUUUUAAGGAAAUAAAAUUUAUUUAAAUUAAGAAAUAUGUUUAUAUAUUUAAAAAAGUAAAAUAUGAAUUUUGAAAAUUUAGGUGGAUUUUAUUCUAGUAAAUAUUUGAUUUUGAUGCGAGAAGUUAUAUUAUUCUAGUAAAAAGUUACUAACAAAUUAUGUAAAAUAUAUUUAUUGGUAUAGAAGUCUGUAAAAUUUUGUGGUUUUUAUUGAUUUUUUUGCUUUCCAUGCAACUGGAUAUAGAAUACGAAAAAGAAAAAUAACUCUUGUCUGAAUAAUAUUUGAACCUUACAUAGUUACUUCCCAUUGUUUUGCUAUGAAAUAAAAUUUACCGAUAAAAAUAUGAUACAUUCAUAUUAACAUGACGAUUUUCAUUGUUUUUAUUCUAGAAUUUUAUUUUAAGGCAUAUUUACUGUUCAUUAGUAAAUUUCCACGGGGUUUUGAUAUAUAUACAUAAAAAAAUUUAUAUUUUGAAUAAUUUACAGUGUAACUUGGUAUAUGUUGCAUUUACAUUAUUAAUAUCAUUUUAGCUAAAAUUUGUACUAGAAUUUAUAAUGUCAUUGGAAGCACUUAUAACAGCAUUGUUCUUUUGUUGAAAUAUGCGUUUAUUUGAUCUCUCUUUGUUUUUUUUCAUCUAGUUUCACAAAGUAGCUUUUAAAAAGCUUGACAAAAAAAAGUCUUGAGUUACAAAUAAUUUUUUUGUUUUUUGUUUUUGGGAUACCUCAUUUAAUUAGGACUGUCAAAAUCUUAAAGAAGUGAUCUAUUUUAUAUGAAAGUAUUAAGAACUUGCUUUAUGCUGCAAUAAAAUAUAAAAUGUCCGAUUCUAUCGAGUAUUUGUAAAUUUCAUAUUUUAUACUUUUAAAGCAGAGUUUUAGGGUUUUUUCCUCCAGAAAUCAAAAGAUUUUAUUUGUUCAUGUUUUUGUUCUUCCAGAAGAUUGGUAAAGGACUUGACAAUAUUUUUUUUUUAAUGAAAAUAGUCAAUUUUUUUUAACUUAAAUGGUAAAAACUCACAAUUUAUAUACCCAGUGUUGCGAUGAAAUCAAUGAAAAUGUAAUGCCAUGGACUACUUUCUGUCCCAUUAAGCCCCAGUGCUGUAAUUUCAUUACUAUGUUACAUUUUGCCAUUGGAUUUUCUUUCCUCACAAAGUAUUACAAUUUUCUUUGUCUUAUUCAUCUUUUAUACUACAGUAUUUUUUUUUCUAUUUUUUGAAUGAAAUAUUUUGUAAUAUGUUUUGACUUACGGGCCUAUAACAUACUACAUACAGAAUUGAGAUAACACCUACAAAAAAAUAACAUCUAAAACAUUAUUAAAAAAUAUUGUAAUUUUUGGUUGAUUUUAGGAUUAAAAGGGGUCUCUAUAUUGUUUUUGCAUUAUAUUGUCGGCAAAUUUCAUUUUCUACCUGAAUUCUUUAAAUUAGACAAAUAUAUGAAACAAUUUUAUGUAAAAAAACGUAUAUAGCAUUUAGAGAAAGAUGGAGGUCGCUUUAACCUAAAAAUUACUGCACUGGAGGUAAACAUUUGUGGACAUAGUACUUCCUGUUGAAUAAACUGUACUUUAUUUUCUUUCAUUAUAAACCAUGGAGGCUUCAUAUUUUUAUACAAGAUCAUGUUACAUGUAUAUAUGCAAAAAUUUAAAAAAGCAAGUUACAAUAUAGUGUGUAGUCAUGUAACCAUGUUAUAAUUAUGUUAUAUACCGAUCAAUCAUGUUAUAACUGCUAUAUACUAUGAGACUGGGUUAUGUUUUCAUGUUAUAAUUGAGAUAUAGCACAGUCAUGUUUGGUUGUUUAUUUUAUAAUUAUUUUUUUAUUUUUGUUUUGUUUUUUUCUAACAAAUGUUUCAGUCAUUAACACGUAAUGCAUAUUUUUUUUCUCAUUCGCUUUUUGGAUAAACAAAUUACACCAUUUUUUACAGGGGUGCAUUUAGCAUUGUUAAAUAAAGACCACAGCAGUAACAAAAAAACUCUAAUCCAUUAUGCAUAAUUGGAUGAAUUAAUAAGUCAUGAAAUCAUAGUUUCUGAUCUGUUUCAUCUGCGAAUGUUCGGAAAUUAAAACAUUCAAUUUUUUAGCUGUGUAAACAGUUAACAUGUGACAAUGCCCAGGAAUUCAUUCUUUGUAUCACAAUCUAUUGUUGUCUUUGGAAUCACACACUGUGCUUGAAAUUGGGACAAAUGCCUUGCUCAUUUUCUCAAAUUCAUUAAAGAGUUACAGACCUUGAUUAUGGUGUAAAGAACAAUAACCAGGUACUACUGUUUUGCAACUCAAGAGUUGUGUGCCUUUUUAAAAUAAUGAAUCAAGCGCUUACAACUUUUAAAAAAUUCUUGGGGUGAAAAAAUGAUUUCCAACUUGUGUAAAACAUACAAGGAUAAGAUAUUAAUUUAUCACAGAUUAAAGAAAAAGUUUUGUAAAGCAUUUAGAAAAAGACAGUUACAUUUGUUGUAUAGCCUGAAUGCUGUUAGUUAUAAGGUAUGUUAAUAUUUACCAAUUU